AUGCUCCCAUUCAGACCCAUAGCUCCCUUGCGGUCAUUAUUCCGUAUUACAACAACACCAUCACCAACGCGAACCUAUAUUAAUUCAUUGCGCAAUUCAAUCAGAACAUCAUUCAAACGUACAUCCUUUAGGUUCAACUCUACAUCAUCAACCGCUCACAACAUCCCUCCCCCACCAAGGGGCAAGAAACCACAAGGUAUCAAAGCGUUAAUGAAAGAAUACGGAUACCCUGCUUUAGCUGUCUACUUGGCCCUUUCGAUGAUUGAUUUGCCUAUAUGUUAUGUCCUUGUUCAUUCAAUGGGACAAGAAAAGAUCCAAUAUUAUGAAAAUAAAGUGAAACAGGCAUUUGGGUAUGGAGUCAGUGAUGCUGAAUUAAAACACCAACAAGAAGUGCAAAAAAUCGAAGCUGGUAUUGAUCAAGAUGAUAAUGCAAUUGAGGAACAAAAAGCGGCACAACGUGAUCAAAGUAUAAUUCAAUAUGUAAUGAGUCAAUUUUCAUGGACGGAAUUUGCCAUUGCUUAUGGAUUACACAAGAGUUUGAUUUUCAUUAGAUUGCCAAUAACAGCAGCCAUAACUCCAGGAAUUGUUAAAUUGUUACGUGGUUGGGGUUUUAGAAUAGGUACUGAUAAAUUGAGUACUACAGCAAAUUUAGCUAAAGAUUUAGCUAAGAGUGGAUAUAAGGAUAUUACUGCUAGUAGUGGUAAAUUUGGUACUAGACCCGGUAAGAGAAAAUGGUGGUGGUUUUUUUAA